GGGGUAUUCCUAUAACGCCAUUUUUGUAUGAAAACAUAUCUUGCCAAAUCAUAUAUAACAAUGUCAUGUUUAUUUAUGUUCCGGCGCCACCCAUUCCUAUGUCCCAUCCCCACAAUCUUGAUGAGCCGCUUGGUGUGCGCUACACGGGUGGAUGCUUGCUGCAGUCCACGGUAACGUUACAGGUGACGCGAUGCCUCAGAAUGGUAUGAACAAUGAGGGUCGAAGAAGAGGAAUGAGUCGCAGAACCUGUAAAGCCAAUGGUCAGGUCAGCGGUCAGGUCCCAGGCACAGGUUUGGUUAAUGGAGCCGUUGUUCGUAAUGGCUGCCCAGCCGCUGACACUAGAACGAGUGAGAACACACCAGCUGGCACACUGAAUGGUACCAAAUCACAAUGCAUGGUUAAUGGUUAUAUUAACCAUGGGUACAAGGGCAAGAGUUGGAAAAGAGCACCCCAGAGGACAUUCAGGAAACAAGGAAGCACGAUUUCAGUUGUCGGCGAUGCCUCAGCAGAUGGCCGGGUCUGCAGUGCUGGCUUUCCAGGUGGGAUCUCAGUGAAUUGUGCCACCAGUCUAGACACUGUUGAUUUGCCCUGUAAUUCUGACCAAAUGGCACCAGAGCCCAGCCCGUCAGCAACAGCAAAGAAACAGAGAAGAAGAAAGAUAUUCAGACGUAAGAAGAGAGGCACUGAGGCCGCCUGUCUGGAGAACUCGACACCCCCACUGGUCCCACCGAAAGAGGAGGAAGACUGGGAGAAUGAGAUCAAAGAGGUCACACUGACUGACUGGGAAAAAAUGCCUUUUGGGGUCAGACCAUAUGGUCCAGAAGAUGUGCUCCAUUUUGCUCUGCGGGAUUUGACGCUUAUAGAAAGGGACACAGUUGACCUGCCGGUGACAGCCAAUUACAGCCCAGCCCGACACCACCCACGCCCUAUGCAAUGGUUCAGCUACAGCAUUCCCACUGAGCAAGACCAGUUCGCAGAUGCUGAUGAGUAAGCCAGACGUAUGCUGUUGUGUUAGAGGAUUUCUAGAAAUCAAUGUUCACGUACCACAGUUGACUAAGGAGUUCUGCUGUGAGCGUAGUUAGCCCUUAUUGGCACUGUGCACAUUUGUUUUCCCUCAUCUGAAACAUUAGAGGAAUACAUUAAAUUUAAAACUCUAGUUUAGUGUUUAAGCAAAGCUUCAAAAUCAAAUAGGUUAACCAUAGGUCAAAAAUUGUAGGGUGCAGUCUAGGUUGGUUGUUUUUUUGUUUUUUUUAAAUCAUAGGUUUUAUUUUAUCAUUUAUAUUUAUAUUUUAUCUUUGUUUUAACAUAUUAAUUUCUUAGCUUCUGUGGUCUUAAGAAAUGAUUUUAGGUAACUACCAUUCAAUAUGUGCCCGUUCAGUGACUUGUUACUGAAAGUGGUCAUGCAUUUGCUGUUCCUCCAUUUCAUAGCUUCAUAAUUUUGCAAGUCUUCCAACAACUGAACUGAAUAGUUUUUAUCUAAAGGUUUUGUUGUGUUUUAAGAUGCCAGAAAUGGGAACACUGUUGUCAUAAGUUGCUCUUUCUGAGCUAUACGAUCAAUUUUAUGGUUUAUAAAUUGCACAUGUUCACAACAAGUACGUUAAGCAACUAUUUUAGUUUGGGGCAGUGAGCUUAACCAAGAAAUCAUGGUUUGAUUAUGUAAUGAAAACUCAUUGUCUCAUUGUUAUCUGCCUAUUUAGAUUUUCAUUUUCACAACAAUAAAUCAAAAUUUCUUCUACAAA